GGCGUAAACCUCGUUCGCUGGCUGGUUUGUGUGAGACAAGGACUGAAGGAGAUCUGUUUCUGGUGAGCUGUGGGGGUAAUAUUAUGCGAAAGAUGCUAACCAUCAUUUCUAACGUUCUGAGGGGCAGCGCCAGCAGGAACGGAGCCGAACUGGUAUCAGAGUCCUCCACUCUCCGGGCCGUUCUGCAGCUCCUGGCAGUCCAGAGCGAAUAUGCUAAUUUGACCGCUCCACAUGAUCAUGAUCCCGACCCCCUUUCACGCUUAAAAGAUGCACAACCCCACAGCCCUUUAGCUUCCCCUCCUCUAACACAGAUACCUCCUGCAGAAUACAAAGAUUUAGGACACACUAACAGUGGCCAGGCUUUAGGACACUUGGGGCCACACAACAGACCUCUGACAGAUGUCGUUUCCUCUGAGGCGAUAGCUCAGAAAGAAAGUUACGUGGAACCGCUGAUGACCAGUGGUUCAUCCAUCUCAGAAGAAAUAAACGUGGUUCCUCCACUUACAGAAAGAGUAUCAGAAAAAGAAAAACCUAUAUUUGAAAAGAUCAUCAGUCCCGUUAUAGAUGUUUCGCCAUCACCUGUCCUAAUUACAGUUAAGUUGCCUAACCCAGCCGCCAGUCCAGCACAGUUAUCCCCUGCAGUAGCUAACAGCAGUUCCAGCGUAACCAGCACAGACCCCCACUGUCCCCCACCAGCCGAGAGCCUCCUGGGCCUUGAUAAUUCCUUCCCAGAGAUCACCCACAGCCUGGCUGGAGAGACUCCCUUUCCAGAGCCACAGCUUGCUGGCGCAAGAGUGGUGGUAUCUGCCAGGACCUAUGCAGACUUUACCCCUCAGGCCUCCUUUGAUAUUAAGAAAUGUGAUGUACACAAGCUGGAGGAGGGCCCUCCACUGCAGGCUGUGCUUACAAGAGAGGAAGGGCUUCAGUACUACCGCACGAUGCAGACCAUAAGACGUAUGGAGCUCAAAGCCGAUCAGCUCUACAAGCAGAAGAUCAUCAGGGGCUUCUGUCACCUUUAUGAUGGACAGGAAGCGUGUGCGGUUGGUAUUGAGGCAGGUAUCAAUCUAUCAGAUCAUCUAAUCACAGCCUAUCGUGCACAUGGGUAUACUCUCACUAGAGGGGGCACCGUUCGUGAGAUCAUGGCAGAGCUCACUGGUCGUAGAGGAGGCAUUGCUAAAGGAAAGGGUGGGUCUAUGCACAUGUACACUAAACAUUUUUAUGGAGGAAAUGGAAUUGUGGGAGCUCAGGUGCCUCUUGGGGCAGGUGUAGCUUUGGCCUGCAAAUACCUGGGCAAGAACGAGCUGUGUGUCUGUCUCUAUGGUGAUGGUGCUGCAAAUCAGGGUCAGAUCUUUGAAACAUAUAAUAUGGCAUCUCUGUGGAAGCUGCCCUGCAUCUUCAUUUGCGAGAAUAACAAAUAUGGCAUGGGUACUUCUGUGGAGAGAGCGGCGGCUAGUACUGAUUACUACAAGAGAGGCGAUUUCAUCCCUGGAUUGAGAGUGGAUGGCAUGGACGUCCUUUGUGUAAGGGAGGCCACCAAAUUAGCUGCUGAACACUGCAGAUCAGGAAAGGGUCCCAUUUUGAUGGAGCUGCAGACCUAUCGUUACCAUGGACACAGUAUGAGUGACCCAGGAAUCAGUUAUCGCACACGUGAUGAGAUCCAGGAGGUGCGCAGUAAGAGUGACCCCAUCUCGAUGCUGAAGGAUCGCAUGCUGAGCAACAACAUGGCCAGCGUGGAGGAGCUUAAGGAGAUUGAUGUGGAGGUAAGGAAGGAGAUUGAAGAUGCCGCUCAGUUUGCCACUACAGACCCUGAGCCUCCACUGGAUGAUCUUUGCAACCACAUCUUCUACAAUGACCCUCCUAUGGAAGUGCGUGGCACCAACCCCUGGACCAAGCUCAAGUCCAUCAGCUAAAUCGCCUUCCUUAUCAUCCCAAGUCCCCUCCUCUUCCUACCUCUCCUGUUGAAGCGCACAGCAAAAUAUGAUCACCUCUGAUGUGGCUAAAGGUUACAUAGACAGUUAUUGGGAAACUCAGCCAAAUCUCUCAGCCACAUUGAGAUAAGUUGCCUCAUUUCACAUGUUAUCAUUGCCUUGUUUUCUUGUUGUCUUCAUCAAUCAACAACAUAGCGGUUUUUAACUUGGAAUUAUCGGGACUUUUCAAAUGUCUCCAAUGCCCCUAUUGCUUAUUACCCAGUGUCCAUGCCAUGGCAGAAUAUUUAGCUCAUGUCCAUACAUCACAAAUACCUACCAUUGUUGCUCUGUGUCAACACACACACACACACACACACACACACACACACUUCUCUCACUUUAUAUAUCAGCAGGAGUGUGUUUUGGCUAAGGUGUCUGAAAUGCAGUCCUAAUUUGACAAAAUAUUUAAAGGGAAAAAUUUUGACAUUUCUAAAUUAUAAAUCUGUGUGGCCAUAUUACAAAAGUUUUUGGAAUAUUUCAAUUCGGUUGUAUUUUAACACUCUUCCAACACUCGGAGUGUUUGAGUGUUUAAUAAAACGCAACAAUG